CAAAUGAAGCUAGCUUGCCUCGUUUGUUGUAAUGGUUGGCUAGUUUUACUAGCCUUUCUGUAACCGUUGUUUUUAAUUAAGGAGUUUUAGCGUAACUACUGCACCGGUCUUGACGUUUUAGAAAGCAUGGGAGUCCCAGCAUUUUUCCGUUGGUUGAGUCGCAAGUAUCCUUCUAUAAUUGUGCACUGCACUGAGGAGCGGUCAAAGGAAUGCAAUGGCGUUCGCAUACCUGUUGAUACCAGCAAACCGAACCCCAAUGAAGUGGAGUUUGACAACCUGUACCUGGACAUGAAUGGAAUCAUCCAUCCUUGUACACAUCCAGAAGACAAGCCAGCUCCCAAAAAUGAAGAUGAAAUGAUGGUGGCCAUUUUUGAAUACAUUGAUCGACUCUUCAACAUCGUGAGACCACGCAGGGUUCUGUACAUGGCCAUUGACGGAGUUGCUCCCCGUGCCAAAAUGAAUCAGCAAAGGUCAAGGCGAUUCAGGGCCUCCAAAGAAGGAGUUGAACUUCAGGAGGAGAAAAAAAGAAUGCGGGAGGAGGUCAUUUCAAGAGGCGGAUAUCUUCCACCAGAAGGGAUCAAAGAACGAUUUGACAGCAAUUGCAUCACUCCAGGAACAGAGUUCAUGGACAACCUGGCGAAAUGCCUCCGGUAUUACGUUGCAGACAGAUUGAGCAACGACCCAGGAUGGCGCAACAUCACGGUUUUCUUGUCUGACGCCAGCGUUCCGGGUGAGGGUGAGCAUAAAAUUAUGGACUACAUCCGAAGACAAAGGGCCCAGCCGCACCACGACCCAAACACACAUCACUGCCUCUGUGGAGCCGAUGCUGAUCUGAUCAUGCUGGGGCUGGCCACGCAUGAGCCCAACUUCACCAUCAUCCGAGAGGAGUUCAAGCCCAACCAGCCGCGGCCCUGCGCCCUGUGCGGCCAGGUGGGCCACGAGAUCAAGGACUGCGCCGGCGUUGCCAGAGAGAAGCAGGGAGAGCAUGAUGAAUUUGCCAACUCCAUGCCUGUUUCGGAGCAAGAAUUCAUCUUCAUUCGACUUUGCGUCCUGCGAGAGUAUCUGGAGCGGGAGCUGACCAUGGCGAGUCUGCCCUUCCCGUUUGACUUUGAGCGGAGUGUAGACGACUGGGUGUUUAUGUGCUUCUUUGUAGGAAACGACUUCCUUCCUCAUUUGCCGUCCUUGGAGAUCAGAGAGGGUGCCAUUGACCGACUGGUUGGAAUCUACAAAGACGUGGUACACAAGACGGGGGGCUACCUGACGGAGAGUGGCUUUGUGGAUCUGGAGAGGGUGGAGAUGAUCAUGCAGGCUGUGGGUGUGGCUGAAGACAACAUCUUCCAGAAGCGCAAGCAGGACGAUGAGAACUUCAAAAGGAGAAUGAAGGAGAAAAAGAAAAGAAUGAAGAUGGAACAGCAGCGUCCAUCCUUCAUGCUGUCUGGGCAGUAUGCUCCUCAGGCGUUGGGCGGGGGCAGGGGCCACCCCGGGGCCGUGCACAACGCCCGCCAGACAGCCUAUGACAUGAGAAUGCAGGCCACCCAGGCCAACCAGGAUGCUGCCCAGUCCUUGAGGGCCAUGAUGAAAAAUGGGAACAAGCCUGGGGGCAGCGAUGGGGCAGACAACCGCGGUGUCAAGAGGAAAGCGGACGACAGUGACGAUGAGCCAGAACCCGAGGACAAUGUCAGGUUGUGGGAGGAAGGCUGGAAGCAGCGCUACUACAAGAACAAGUUUGACGUGGACGUGACUGAUGAAGACUUCCGCAAGACCGUGGUCAAGUGCUACGUGGAGGGCCUGUGCUGGGUCCUGCGGUACUACUACCAGGGCUGUGCCUCCUGGAAGUGGUACUUCCCAUUCCACUACGCCCCCUUCGCCUCAGACUUCAAAGGCAUCAAGGACAUGUGCAAGGGCUUCGAGCUCGGCACCAAGCCGUUCAAGCCUCUGGAGCAGCUGAUGGGUGUCUUCCCAGCAGCCAGUGGAAACUUCCUGCCGGAGACAUGGAGGGCGCUGAUGAGCAAUCCGGACUCCUCCAUCAUUGACUUCUACCCAGAUGACUUUGCCAUUGAUCUCAAUGGAAAGAAAUACGCCUGGCAGGGUGUGGCCCUGCUUCCCUUUGUGGAUGAGCGCAGGCUUCGUGCUGCUCUGGCCGACGUGUACCCCAACCUCUCGUCAGAAGAGGUGAAAAGGAACAGUUUGGGGAGUGACAUCGUGUUUGUGUCAAAGUCCCACCCGCUCUGUGACUUCAUCCAUGAGCUGUACCGCGCAGAAUCUCACGAGGGCACUGAGAUCCCUGCAGAAUUAUGCCAUGGAAUCCAAGGUACAUUAAAUCUUGAUGAAGAGCCUAUUCUACCAGAUAAACCAGUAGAGUCUCCUGUUCCCUUGCUGAGAGACCUGGCACAGAGCAGUGCUAUCGGAAUCAAAUACAGGGACCCCCAUUAUGAAGAAACCCACGUGUUCAAGGCAGUCUUGCUGUCCGGGGCCAAAAUUCCAGACAAGGUCCUGAAGCCUGGAGACUGGGAGCGCUCCAGCAACGGCCCAUGGAGACCUCAGCUGGGCUUCAACCGCAACCGCCAGCAGGCUCACCUGGACCAAUCAGGAUUCAGAGCCCUGGGGCACCAUGUCAAGAACCAGGGGCGGGGUCUAUUCCCAUUCCCGCCCGCUGUUGGACCCCCCAGGGCUGGCCCGUACAGCAACGCCCCGCCCCCUAGCAACUAUCACCAGGGAAACUACCGCUCCCACCACAGAGACCAGCAGCAGCAUUCCUUCCAACCUCACCAUUCCAGGCAGCAGCAGCAGCAGCAUGGUUUCCCACAGGCCAAUCCCCAGUCCACUCCACCGCUGUUCCCAAGGCCUCCGUACGGAGGAGGGCACGGCUGGGACCGGGCGAUGCAGUCUCAGGGCCAGGCCUUCCAGCAGCAUGGCGGAGGUGGAGGUGGAGGAGGCUACCGCCACGACAACCGACGUGACGACCGGCGCGAUCGCCGUGACGACGGCAGACAACAGGGCGGCUACAACUCUGGCAGAGGUGGCUAUGGCCUUCCACCACCCUCAAGACACUACCAGUGGAAUAAUUAAAUAUUCUGCUUUGCACCAGCUAAAUUGGCUUACUUUUUCAAUUGUGAUUUUCUUUUUUUUGAGAGGGGUUGAUGUCUUUGAGGGUCUAUUCAUUUGUAAAGAAAAUUGUAUAUUUCUCAUUGUUUUACUUUAAAGAAAAAAUGUUCUUACCUGUUUUUAAGAAUGAUGCCUGUAAAACAUGAAAUACAAGUGAGGCAAAGGA